UCAGCGCGGACGAGGACGGCGACAAUGGUGCGCAGGCAAGCCAGCCACCCAGCGAAGCAGCGAUGGAGAAGAAGCGCAAACGGAGAGCAAAGGAGAAGGAGAGGAAGGCGAAGAAGCGGAAAUUGCAAGAGACCCUUGAACCCGUAGAGCCUGUCUCAAUAGCUGCACAACCGCCCGCUGUGCUAGCAGAAUACAUCAACUCUAUGCAAGCCAAGACAUUUAACGAAAUGUCCGAUAUUGAACUGGCCGACGUCCAAAUACCGGAGAGUGCUAUAGCGGACACCACUAUAUGGGCGGGAUCGAGGAGCUUGGACCAAUUGGUGGACUUCAUCUCCAAGGCGCUGCCCAAACUCCAUACUCGCAUGUCGCAGAGACCCAAAAACAAUGGAGCACCAACGCUCCUAUAUGUGGCUGGGGCGGCCCUUCGGGUGGCGGAUGUUACCAGGGUGCUUAAGGACAAACACCUUCGCGGAGAGAAAGGCGGAGACGUUGCGAAGCUAUUCGCUAAGCACUUCAAGCUUGAGGAGCACGUCGCGUACCUGAAGAGGACCAAGAUCGCUGCAGCAGUUGGAACGCCAGGCAGGCUGGGCAAACUGUUGUGCGAUACGGAUGCUCUUGCGACGACCGCUCUGACCCACAUCAUUCUUGACAUCUCGUAUCGAGAUUCCAAGAAGCGGACGCUUUUGGACAUUCCGGAGACACGGAACGAGGUUUUCCGGACAGUUCUUGGUGCGCCGAAAGUCCUCAACGGCUUAAGGCAGGGGACAAUCCAGUUAGUAUUAUUCUAGACGGCUCGCUACCCACAUCAUUCCCCACCCCCCACACGUCCCCUUACGGCACCUACAGGUCUGCAACAGGCCUCCAUAAUAGUCGGGUGUAUGAUACAGCGGAAUAUAUAGUGCAAGGGGAAUCAGAAACCCUUCGGGUUUGUCCUCAGGGUCAACCUCGUCCACUUGGGCACUUUGUGAAUACCCUUGCGGUAGCCCUUGGCGUGUGGUGAGAAGACGGUGUACUUGUCUCUCGCUGGCAUCUCGUGUUCUUUCGGGAGCUCGAGGGCCUUAGUCAAGGCAGCGCACUCUACUCCGCUCUCCUUCACGGCCUCAAUCACGGAGUCGACCAACUUCAGGCGAGAACGGACGUUCGCCUUGCGCGUGCGCGACAAUUUCCAUGGGGUCUUCCACAAGAGACCAACCAUGCUCGGCUGCGUAGCUCUAAAGGCCCCAAACAUGCUCGCACACCGCGUUCAAGAGGAAGUUAUGGCCGCUGGCCUGUCCGAGGUGUGGACAGUCGAGGGUCG